UAUUUCAGCACAUAAAGUUACCGUUAUUGGCGUCACGAGUUGCAAAUCGCCGAUCCUAGUGUUAUUUACAUUGACUAUCAAUUAAAGACAUGUGUUCAUUUAUAUUUUCAAAAACGUUAAACUCAGAUUUGGUUGCUGUAUUUUAAGGAACUCUGGGAAUUGUAGUACAUGGGUGGCGUCCACCCACUCUAGCUCGACAUGUGCAGCUAGCAACAUUCUGUGCUAACCUGGCUACCAUUUUCAACUACUCAGUACAAGUUGGAAAGUAUGUCGUUCUGUUUUAAUUUCAACGUGGAUGGAAACCCAGACGGCGUGGACGGGAGUAUAUCGCUCAACUAUAAGACCGAAUGUGCAACGAAACCGUUGGAGGAAAGUGGCAGCCGAAGAGAGCCAGUAAAAGAGGCCAAGGAGCACUUCCCACCCUCUGACCCCCAGCACCUACUCGACGAUGCCGUCUUCGAAACGGUCUCCAUCGGUGCUCUCCCUCCCCUUCACUUCCUCAACGAGACCGUUUUUGAAAGGACCACCUCUGAGAGAGAGGACGCGGAGAACGUUCUGUCCCGCACGGCCGAGCAGAGGUCCGACCUCAUCCCGGGGGUUUACGAGGGAGGGCUGAAGGUGUGGGAGUGCACCUAUGAUCUCCUGGAGGUGAUCGACAGGGAAGGGGAGACGUUCGGCGACAAGGCGGUCUUGGAUUUGGGCUGUGGGGCGGGGCUCUUGGGGAUAUUGUCUUUGAAAAGAGGAGCCAGGGAAAUCCACUUCCAGGACUACAACAGUACCGUCAUUGAGCAGCUGACUAUGUCAAAUGUCAUUCUAAACUGCCAAGAUGAUGACUGUGACCUAACUGAGACAAAAUAUGCUACUCCGCCUCCCAAAAGAAGAGCUUUAGAGGCUCCAUCCCAGCACCUGCUACUAUCCAGGUGUAAAUUCUUCUCCGGGGACUGGCGCUCAUUUAUUACUUUGUCCUCAAGUCAGGAGCCGCCGUUGCAAUACGACAUCAUAAUGACAUCAGAGACCAUAUACAACACUGCUUACUACCCAGCGCUUCACGACGCCUUCCACAAACUGCUGGCGCCUCGCGGACUCGUCUACCUGGCCACCAAGUCCCACUACUUUGGAGUGGGCGGCGGCCUGCACCUGUUUGAGACUUUUGUGGCGGAAAGGGGCGUUUUCUCUCUGGAUCACCUGUGGGAUGGCGAAGACGGUCUUCAGAGACAUGUUGUAGUUUUGCGUUUUAAUAAAAAAGCAGACUAGUCUUUUAAAAGUGGGUGUGAACUUGGGGUUGCGCAAUAAAGCUUACGUCAUCUUUACAAUAUCAAAAUCAGUACAGACUUACGGUAUUAUUAUAAUACAAACCUCGUUUCCAUAUGAGUUGGGAAAUUGUGUUAGAUGUAAAUAUAAACGGAAUACGAUGAUUUGCAAAUCAUUUUCAACCCAUAUUCAGUUGAAUAUACUACAAAGACUUGGGGUGGGCGAUAUCGCAAAUUUGUUGGCCCUGCGAUGAGGUGGCGACUUGUCCAGGGUGUACCCUGCCUUCCGCCCGAUUGUAGCUGAGAUAGGCGCCAGCGCCCCCCGCGACCCCGAAAGGGAAUAAGCGGUAGGAAAUGGAUGGAUGGAUGGACUAGGGGUGGGCGAUAUCGCAAAUUUGGGUAUCGAUACCGAUCCGAUACGAUACCAGCAAAUAUCACCGAUACCGAUACCGGAAGUGACGUCAUCUGAUGGGGGGGGGACUUCGGGGUAUCGAUACUUUUGAAAAACAAAUUUGUACUUUUGCCUUUAUUAAUUGAUUAUGAUAAUAAUACAACACAGGACAACGAUUUAAGUCAAAAAAUAAAAUAUUUUUUACAAAAGUAAUAUCAAUAGCAAUAUCCAUCCAUCCAUUUUCUACUGCUUAUUCCCUUUUGGGGUCGCGGGGGGCGCUGGCGCCUAUCUCAGCUACAAUCGGGCGGAAGGCAGGGUACACCCUAGACAAGUCGCCACCUCAUCGCAGGGCCAACACAGAUAGACAGACAACAUUCACACACUAGGGCCUAUUUAGUGUUGCCAAUCAUUAGCAAUAAAGUAAUGCAAAUAAGGUGCAAACAACUACUGAACCUGGCUUGUCGCCUCAAAACACACAAACACUUAAGGUAAGUAACAAAACUCUAGUUAUUGAACAAAGUUGUAAACAUGAACACAAAACAAAAGAACUGAGAAAUUCAAAUAAAAAAGUAAUAAUAUCAAUGGCAAUAAAGUAAGUAGUGCAAAUAAGGUGAAAACAAAUACUGAACUGGACUAGUCGCCUCACAACACACAAGAACUUAAGUAAAAAAGAAAACACUAGUUAUUAAACAGUUGUAAAAAUGAACACAAAAGACCCAACUCUCUCCUUUGAGGCACACUAAAAGCGUUACUAAAACGGCCUUCUUUCAUCUCCGUAAUAUCGCUAAAAUUCGCUCCAUUCUGUCCACUAAAGACGCCGAGAUCAUUAUCCAUGCGUUUGUUACGUCUCGUCUCGAUUACUGUAACGUAUUAUUUUCGGGUCUCCCCAUGUCUAGCAUUAAAAGAUUACAGUUGGUACAAAAUGCGGCUGCUAGACUUUUGACAAGAACAAGAAAGUUUGAUCACAUUACACCUGUACUGUAUAUACCUUUAUAUACAUAUAUACAUACAUAUAUACCUAUACUGGCUCACCUGCACUGGCUUCCUGUGCACUUAAGUUGUGACUUUAAGGUUUUACUACUUACGUAUAAAAUACUACACGGUCUAGCUCCAGCCUAUCUUGCCGAUUGUAUUGUACCAUAUGUCCCGGCAAGAAAUCUGCGUUCAAAGGACUCCGGCUUAUCAGUGAUUCCUAAAGCCCAAAAGAAGUCUGCGGGCUAUAGAGCGUUUUCAUUUCGGGCUCCAGUACUCUGGAAUGCCCUCCCAGUAACAGUUCGAGAUUCUACCUCAGUAGAAGCAUUUAAGUCUCACCUUAAAACUCAUCUGUAUACUCUAGCCUUUAAAUAGACCUCCUUUUUAGACCAGUUGAUCUGCCGCUUCUUUUCUUUCUCCUAUGUCCCCCCCUCCCUUGUGGAGGGGGUCCGUUCCGAUGACCAUGGAUGAAGUACUGGCUGUCCAGAGUCAAGACCCAGGAUGGACCGCUCGUCGGGACCCAGGAUGGACCGCUCACCUGUAUCGGUUGGGGACAUCUCUACGCUGCUGAUCCGCCUCCGCUUGAGAUGGUCUCCUGUGGACGGGACUCUCGCUGCUGUCUUGGAUCCGCUUGAACUGAACUCUCGCGGCUGUGUUGGAGCCACUAUGGAUUGAACUUUCACAGUAUCAUGUUAGACCCGCUCGACAUCCAUUGCUUUCGGUCCCCUAGAGGGGGGGGGGGUUGCCCACAUCUGAGGUCCUCUCCAAGGUUUCUCAUAGUCAGCAUUGUCACUGGCGUCCCACUGGAUGUGAAUUCUCCCUGCCCACUGGGUGUGAGUUUUCCUUGCCCUUUUGUGGGUUCUUCCGAGGAUGUUGUAGUCGUAAUGAUUUGUGCAGUCCUUUGAGACAUUUGUGAUUUGGGGCUAUAUAAAUAAACAUUGAUUGAUUGAGAACUGAGAAAUUCUCAUCGUUAUUUUAGCGCAAUAAAAUACUUUACAGUUUACAAACAAGACAUUAAGUCGCACUGGAAACGGACGCGUGUGUGUGUGUGUGUGUGUGUGUGUGUGUGUGUGUGUCCGAGUGAACCUCGGAGCGAAUUAUACUGAUGUGUGUGCGCCAACGCACCAAGCGUCAUGUAAAUCAUAUUUAUUUUAUUUUAUUUUGGGUUGAAGAUGAAUUUUUAAAGUGUUUUUAAAUCUCGUUCGCGACCCAUCAGUAGGUAGGAAGGUGGAGUGGUGAGGAGCGCUCACAUUUUUUUUUUAAUCGGAGUGAUUCGCUUAAUUUGGUGAAGUAUCGAUACCAUCACGCCAGUAACGAUAUGAUGCCGAUACUCACCAAGUAUCGAUACUAUCGAUACUUGGUAUCGAUACGCCCACCCUUAACAAAGACAACAUAUUUGAUGUUCAAACUGAUAAAGGCAAGGCAGCUUUAUUUGUAUAGCACUUUCAUACAAAAGGCAGACUCAAAGUGAAGUGAAAUGUGAAGUGAAUUAUAUUUAUAUAGCGCUUUUUCUCUAGUGACUCAAAGCGCUUUACAUAGUGAAACCCAAUAUCUAAGUUACAUUUAAACCAGUGUGGGUGGCACUGGGAGCAGGUGGGUAAAGUGUCUUGCCCAAGGACACAACGGCAGUGACUAGGAUGGCGGAAGCGGGAAUCGAACCUGGAACCCUCAAGUUGCUGGCGCGGCCGCUCUACCAACCGAGCUAAAGAAAGUGAAAUGAGAUAAAAGCAAAAUUAAAAUGCAGACAAUAAAAAUAAAAUCAGUCCAGACGUUAAAAUAUUUAGCUGAAAGCUAAGGUGAACAUAAAAGUUUUCAGUUUAGUUUUAAAAGUAGUCACAGUUGGGGAAAGUCUGACACCUUCAGGAAGUUAAUUGUUGCAUAGUGACUGAAUGAUGCUCUCCCUUGAUUUGAGUUUACUCUGGGAACCGCUAACAGAUUGGUCUCAGAAGAUUGAAUUGAAUUGAAUUAUAUUUAUAUAGCGCUUUUCUCUAGUGACUCAAAGCGCUUUACAUAGUGAAACCCAAUAUCUAAGUUACAUUUAAACCAGUGUGGGUGGCACUGGGAGCAGGUGGGUAAAGUGUCUUGCCCAAGGACACAACGGCAGUGACUAGAAUGGCGGAAGCGGGAAUCGAACCUGCAACCCUCAAGUUGCUGGCACGGCCACUCUACCAACCGAGCUAUGAUCUAAGGGGCUUAUAUAGUGGGAGCAUAUCAGUGACCAUGUAGUGAUUUAUAUGUGAGCAGGAGGAUUUCAAAAUCAAUUCUGACAUUUUUUUUUGUUGCAAAUAAUCAUUAACAUUGGACGUGACAAGGAAGUUGGGAAAGGUGGCAAUAAAUACUGAUCAAGUUGAGGAAUGCUCAUCAAACACUUAUUUGGAACAUCCCACAGGUGUGCAGGCUAAUUGGGAACAGGUGGGUGCCAUGAUUGGGUAUAAAAACAGCUUCCCAAAAAAUGCUCAGUCUUUCACAAGAAAGGAUGGGGCGAGGUACACCCCUUUGUCCACAACUGUGUGAGCAAAUAGUCAAACAGUUUAAGAACGACGUUUCUCAAAGUGCAAUUGCAAGAAAUUUAGGGAUUUCAACAUCUACGGUGCAUAAUAUCAUCAAAAGGUUCAAAGAAUCUGGAUAAAUCACUCCACGUAAGCGGCAUGGCCGGAAACCAACAUUGAAUGAUCGUUACCUUGGAUCCCUCAGACGGCACUGUAUCAAAAGCCGACAUCAAUCUCUAAAGGAUAUCACCACAUGGGCUCAGGAACACUUCAGAAAACCACUGUCACUAAAUACAGUUGGUCGCUACAUCUCUAAGUGCAAGUUAAAGCUCUACUAUGCCAAGCGAAAAGCAUUUAUCAACAACAUCCAGAAAUGCCGCCGGCUUCUCUGGGCCCGAGAUCAUCUGAGAUGGACUGAUGCAAAGUGGAAAAAGUUUUCUGUGGUCAGACAAUAAUAAUAAUAAUAAUAAUGGAUUAUAUUUAUUUUGUGCUUUUCUAUUAUUAGAUACUCAAAGCGCUCACAGAGAAGUGGGAACCCAUCAUUCAUUCACACCUGGUGGUGGUAAGCUACAUUUGUAGCACAGCUGCCCUGGGGUAGACUGACGGAAGCGUGGCUGUCAGUUUGCGCCUACGCCCGCUCCGACCACCACCAAUCAUUCAUUCAUCAUUCAUUCACCAGUGUGAGCGGCACCGGGGGCAAAGGGUGAAGUGUCCUGCCCAAGGACACAACAGUAGCGUUUUGGAUGUCAAUAGGCGGCGAGCGAACCUGCAACCCUCAGGUUUCUGGCAGGACACUCUACCCACUACGCCAUGCAGAGUCCACAUGUCAAAUUGCUUUUGGAAAUAUUCGACAUUGUGUCAUCCGGACUAAAGGGGAAGCGAACCAUCCAGACUGUUAUCGAUGCAAAGUUCAAAAGCCAGCAUCUGUGAUGGUAUGGGGGUGCAUUAGAGGUAACUUACACAUCUGUGAAGGCACCAUUAAUGCUGAAAGGUACAUACAGGUUUUGGAACAACAUAUGCUGCCAUCUAAGCGCCGUCUUUUUCAUGGACGCCCCUGCUUAUUUCAGUAAGACAAUGCCAAGCCACAUUCCGCACGUGUUACAACAGUGUGGCUUCAUAAAAAAAAAAGAGUGCAGGUACUUUCCUGGCCCGCAUGCAGUCCAGACCUGUCUCCCAUGGAAAAUGUGUGGCGCAUUGUGAAGCGUAAAAUACGUCAGCGGAGACCCCGGACUGUUGAACGACUGAAGCUCUACAUAAAACAAGAAUGGUAAGGAAUUCCACUUUCAAAGCUUCAACAAUUAGUUUCCUCAGUUCCCAAACGUUUAUUGAGUGUUGUUAAAAGAAAAGGUGAUGUAACACAGUGGUGAACAUGCCCUUUAACAACUACUUUGGCACGUGUUGCAGCUAUGAAAUUCUAAGUUAAUUAUUAUUUAAAGUUUAUGACUUUGAAUAUCAAAUAUGUUAACUUUGUAGCAUAUUCAACUGAAUAUGGGUUGAAAAUGAUUUACAAAUCAUUGUAUUCCGUUUAUAUUUACAUCUAACACAAUUUCCCAACUCAUAUGGAAACGGGGUUUGGAUAUUUGUUUCUGGCAUUUCGUCAAUAAAAGCUGACGCCAUGUCUCAGACUUUGUUCAUCACCGAUUUCAACACAUUGACCAUGAAGCUGCCUUACAGGUAUUACUGGUCGUACGCAGGCUCUUAUCUAGUAGGAUGCACCUGUUUUUAGUCUAAGUUUUAAAAAAUACAAAUAGAAACACAGCUUACACCUCAGUAGAAGCAUUUAAGUCUCACCUUAAAACUCAUCUGUAUACUCUAGCCUUUAAAUAGACCUCCUUUUUAGACCAGUUGAUCUGCUGCUUCUUUUCUUUCUCCUAUGUCCCCCCCUCCCUUGUGGAGGGGGUCCGGUCCGAUGACCAUGGAUGAAGUACUGGCUGUCCAGAGUCGAGACCCAGGAUGGACCGCUCGCCUGUAUCGGUUGGGGACAUCUCUACGCUGUUGAUCCGCCUCCGCUUGAGAUGGUCUCCUGUGGACGGGACUCUCGCUGCUGUCUUGGAUCCGCUUGAACUGAACUCUCGCGGCUGUGUUGGAGCCACUAUGGAUUGAACUUUCACAGUAUCAUGUUAGACCCGCUCGACAUCCAUUGCUUUCGGUCCCCUAGAGAGGUGGGGGGGGUUGCCCACAUCUGAGGUCCUCUCCAAGGUUUCUCAUAGUCAGCAUUGUCACUGGCGUCCCACUGGAUGUGAAUUCUCCCUGCUGCUUUACCAUUCCACUAACACCUGGAUCUAUGGCCCCCGGGAUUAUAUUUGAUUAAUAUUAGAACCAGAGCCAUCUCCGGGUUGGGGAGGAGACCCUGCCCCAAGUGGAGGAGUUCAAGUACCUCGGAGUCUUGUUCACGAGUGAGGGAAGAGUGGAUCUUGAGAUCGACAGGCGGAUCGGUGCGGCGUCUUCAGUAAUGCGGACGUUGUACCGAUCCGUUGUGGUGAAGAAGGAGCUGAGCCGGAAGGCAAAGCUCUCAAUUUACCGGCCGAUCUACGUUCCCAUCCUCACCUAUGGUCAUGAGCUUUGGGUCAUGACCGAAAGGAUAAGAUCUCGGGUACAAGCGGCCGAAAUGAGUUUCCUCCGCCGUGUGGCGGGGCUCUCCCUUAGAGAUAGGGUGAGAUUCGGGCAUCUGCUCAGGAUGCCACCCGAACGCCUCCCUAGGGAGGUGUUUAGGGCACGUCCAACCGGUAGGAUGCCACCGGGAAGACCCAGGACACGUUGGGAAGACUAUGUCUCCCGGCUGGCCUGGGAACGCCUCGGGAUCCCUUGGGAGGAGUUGGACGAAGUGGCUGGGGAGAGGGAAGUCUGGGCUUCUCUGCUUAGGCUGCUGCCCCCGCGACCCGACCUCAGAUAAGCGGAAGAAAAUGGAUGGAUAAUAUUAGAAGCGGCCCGCAGGCCACAGUCGCAUGCUGCUAUUUUGCACGCACCAAUACUCCAUCAGUGUUGGUGCUAGUUUUCAAAAUGGGGUCCCGGGGACCCCAUCAAGUAAUACAAAUGGGGUCCCACUUUUUUGUAAGCGUUUUGAAAAAAAAUGAUAAAUGUAUGCAUUACCUCUUUAUAUCUCACAUUCUAUAUUUAGUUUUGGAAAAAGGUUGUCAUAAACGUUAAUUGAUUAAAAAAAAUACAAAAGAAAACAAAUGUGUAUGUAAAUGUAUUCAAUUAUAAACAUUCAUUCACUUUUUUCUAUGCCAAAUAAUAUGUUUUAACAUUGAAUGAACAUAGAAAUAUCAAAAAUAUGAAUAACGACAAAUAAAGUAAAUAUACUAUUAACCGCAACAGGUAAUUGUAAAAAAAAAAAAAACAACAACAUUAUGAUUUGUACAAUUUCAGAACGUGCUUGUUCUUUUUUUUUUUU